AUGACUCGCAGUCAAAAUAUUCGUGUCUAUCGCGCAUGCCAACGUUGUCGUCAACGCAAACUCAAAUGUGAUCCGUCCAACUUGUCCGAUGGAACAAAGUCUUCCUGCGUUCAGUGCAUCCGUUCCGGUAAUGAGUGCAUACUUGCCGGGUCACGGCGCGGAGGCGACUUCUCACGGUCUCGACGCUCAUACAGGGAGCGAAGCUCUUCAACCCUCAGUAGGACUAACAUAGGCCACGGACUGCAUGACGAGCAAGUUAGAGAUGACGAGAAAGUAAUCGAAGAUCCAAUCUAUGCCGAGUUAACGAAUCCGGGAGAUGCACUCCACAUCCUUGCGCAACUCGCGGCGAACGACUCCCAGGCUCCCAACCCUAAUGACUCUACGACCUUCGAUCCUUUCCCGGUGACUCCAUCUGCAAAGCGAGAGGGAACAGAUACUGCCGUCAAUGCAGAGGGCCCAAUUGAUUCCACGGAGCCUCCUGUGUUGCAGUCGACAUUGUCCGAGACAGAAACACUAGUGAUCGGCGUUUUAGGCACAGAUACUGUGUGCCGCCUUGUACAUCACUACGCGGCAAAUUACCAUCCUUUCUGUCCCCUCGCACCAAAACGACUUCUGGCGACGACGGAUCCGCGUAAGGCGGCGGUAGACGAGCCGUUCCUGCUGACAGUGCUUCUGACCAUUGCAUCUAAACACGAGCCCGCAUAUAAAGAUAUCCACCAACAUUGCUGGAAGUACCUCAAUCGGCACUUGUUAGAUAUACUUCUCGCCACGCCAUCCACUCUAAGGGUCGGGUCUGUCGAAGGUCUCCUGCUUCUCGCGGAGUGGGUUCCUUAUAUGCAACUCGAGACCUGCUCCUAUCCUAAUAUGUUCCCGAGGAACCUAAGCGCGGUCGAGGAUAAUAUGGCCUGGUCACUCAUCGGCCAGGCAGUGAGGCAUUCUUAUCUCCUGCGUCUCAGACAAGGCAUCCUUUCGGGAGACGGCUCUUGGAGAGUCGCAAGAACUCGAGAAUCGAAAGCUCUUAGCGUGGAUCUGUGCGUUUCAUUAGACCCCAGUUAUAAAGCGAUACUGACUAGCUUUGCUAGUUGUAUAUAUCUCCGACCGACAGAUCUCCGUCCGAAUGGGACAGUCAUUCUGGUCGCGAGGACCCUCGCUCUCGACGAACUUCACAGCCAAUGA